AUGUCUGUGUCUAACCCGGACGACAGUCAAAUCGGAAUGGAGACUCCUUCGCAUCCCCCCGCAGCAGUCGGUGGCGCGGAUAGCGAUAGCUCUGGGAGACCACAAAAACAAUCCACCGAACCCAUCGAAAGUGCGCCGUCCAGCGCUGCCAUACCUCUAGAUAGCUCCGACGCCUCUAACACAGUAGCCAAGGCGCAUACAAAUCCACCUCCGCCGCAGAUAACUGCGCCUCCAGCUUCAUCAUCAAGUCCGCCGCCGAAAGAUGCGGCUUCAGCCGCCGCGCCUUACGGCACGCGAUCCCGAAACAGGGCGGGCGUGUCUCGACCAAACUACGCAGAAGAUAAAGAGAUGGAUAUGGAGUUUGAGAUUCAGCCUCCUGUAAAGGAAGAUGAUGCCCGGAAAUCUGCUCGUUCUUUGGACGCUCGACCAAACGUGUUGGAAUCUGCCGCUUCAGGAGCAACCGGUCGAAAAACAACUGGGACAGUGCCGGAUCCGAACAGCGCUGCGCAGCUGGUGCCAAAAGACCAUAUACCAGGAACCUCGACCUUUUCAGCCAACAUUCCGGGGGCUAAUCCGACGCAACCUUCCAAAAAGCGCAAAGCUACUACAAACCCGACAUCGAGUAUUCCGAAUGGCAAUCACACCACUGGAAACAUGGGCAUGGCCACGGCAACGGGAAAAGGAACUUUACCGCAGAAUUCCCAGGCAUAUAAAGAGUCAUUUAUGCUGAGCUUCGAUAAUUGCGGGGCGCGCCUCCAAAAUGGCAAGCUCAUCGCUGACGAUGGCACAACGUUGGGCAUAAAUGACCAUGUUUAUCUGGUAUGCGAGCCUCCUGGAGAGCCCUAUUACCUCGGACGAAUCAUGGAGUUUCUCCACAUGAGUAAUGACUCCACGAAGCCUGUUGAUGCCGUGAGAAUGAACUGGUAUUAUCGACCAAAGGAUAUCGGACGAAAGGUGAAUGAUACGCGACAGGUAUUCGCGUCCAUGCACUCUGAUAUCAGCCCUCUGACCGCCCUCCGUGGACUGUGCCAAAUAAAGCACAAAACAGAGGUGGAGAAUAUGGACGAGUACAGGAGGACGCAGAAUUGUUUCUGGUACGAAAAACUCUUCGACCGAUAUAUCCACCGAUAUUACGAGGUAAUACCUACACGACAGGUAGUAAAUGUCCCGGCCAAGGUGAAGACGGUUCUUGAUGAUCGAUGGAAGUUUAUACUGGUAGAAUCUGGGAGGGGGAAAGAAUUGACCAGUGCGGUCAAGUCGUGUAAGAGGUGUAAUGGGUUCUGUGCAAGUAACAAUUCCGUCGAUUGUGCAGUCUGCCAUCAGACAUACCAUAUGAAUUGUGUACGGCCGCCAUUGCUGAAGAAACCAUCGCGCGGGUUUGCUUGGGCAUGUGGCCCUUGCAGUCGCGCCCAAGAGCGAAAGUUGGAGGCAAGGAAUACCCCCAAUGUUGCGGAUACAGGCGCCGAUGCUGAAGACGAUGAAAUGAUGGACGAUGAAGAUGAAGAUUUAUUACUUCAUGGCACUGAAAGAAGCACGGGCAGCAGCAGUCCUGUUGGAUCAGUGGAAGAUGAUGUACCGAUUCACCCUGGCACUGAGGAACAGAUUUAUCAAGCAAGUUUAUGGCCCUUCCGUUAUCUAGGGGUGCAUUGCAAGGUCGAGGAUGCAUUGGAUUACGACGAUCGCAUCUAUCCCCGUGCAAGCUCUCGCCUCGGGCCACGACACCAGGCAAAUGUACCGACCUGGCCUGGCAGGCCCAUACAACUUGUUAAACCAAUUGAGGUCAAAAGAAAGUAUAUGAAGGGGGGAAGCCAUAAGAAAGAUGCGAAGCUUUCCAAGGAAACUAUCAUCGCGCUCGAAGCAGAAAAACUAGCGAGGGAAACGCGGCCCAAAUGGGUCAUGGACGAACCCCAUGGGUACGUCCAUCGAGGAGAGGACCAUGCCAGAGGAAGUUCGAAUAGCACGGCUGAGUUACUCUUCCAACCCGAGGCAACUGAAGACGUGGCAAAAACCGGCGACAAUGAGGCAUUGAUUGACGCGUAUCUCAAGAGCAGCGAAGAUAUUGCCAAGCAAAUUGGCGUCAGGGCCUACUCGGUGAACUUCUUGGAUAAAGCAUUGAGUAUACUUAACUCUGCAAGUUUCGAUGUUGAUCGGGCGUUGAAAGAACUGGCUAAGGUGGAAAGAAAGGAUCUCAAAGAACCCGACCUGACACCGACAGAGGUUAAAAAGUUUGAGGAUGGCGUAGCCAAAUUUGGCUCCGAGCUGCAUAGCGUAAAAAAGCAUGUUAAAACCGUCAGCGCUGCGAAUAUAGUUCGGUUCUAUUACAUCUGGAAGAAAACCGAGCGUGGAAAGCAGGUUUGGGGCAAUUACGCGGGCCGAAAAGGGAAAAAGGAGGCUAAGAAGGUUGAAGUUAACGCGGGCAAGUUACAAGAUGACGUUGCUGAUGACCAAGACGAUUCAGCUUUCGACAACGAGAAGGCCAAGGAAAAGAAACGAGGCUUUCAAUGUAAAUUCUGUUCGACGCGCAACUCUCGGCAAUGGAAGCGCGCUCCUGGGACACCAGCUGGAACCACCGUAGCAGCUGACCCGACAAACAAAGUAGUUGGCAAGGACAACAAUACGCAAUUGACCGUAGCCCUUUGCCUCAGCUGCGCGGUGAUAUGGCGAAGGUAUGCGGUGCAAUGGGAAGACACAGAUGACCAUGGCAAGAAAGCUUCCCAAGGUGGUCGGUCUAAUAAGCGGAAGGCAGAGGAUCCAUUGAGGGAAUUCCAUCUGAGCGACCUCAGUUGGACGGCGAAUAAUACAGAUACGGCCAACACUCCUUCAAAUGGAACUCCUGCGCCCCAGGCUGCUUCUCUGGUAGCAGCAGUCCAGGAGGCCCCGCGAAAAAAACCAAAGAGCAAUAGCGAAAGAGACCAGACUGAUUCGGCACCACACGAUCCUGGCUCUGGGCCUGCGCUUGCCCAGCAGAAGAAGAAAGCGCCAGAAAAACCACCUGCUCCACCGCCUGUCCCGGAAAUUCCUAAACAAAAAUCUCUUCCCUGCGCAAUUUGUUUGCAGAUGGAGCCGGCAGGCCAACGUCUCUCCUGUAGAGAGUGUCGAAUGACCGUGCACCGAAAUUGUUAUGGUGUGGCCGCGGACUCUCGGGGAUCAGCCAAAUGGACCUGCGAUAUGUGCUCAAAUGACCGAAAUCCACAAGUUUCUAUUCAAUAUAAAUGCAUGUUGUGCCCUAUCGAAUCAACACCGCAGGACUUUUUGGAGCCUAUAAAACCCUCGCACAAGAAAAAGAACGACAAAGACCGGGAAAAGGACCGCGUGGAGAGAGAACUUGCAAUCAAAGCGGCUGAGUUUUACAGGAAAAAGCAAGAGGAGAUGAACCGUCCGAUUAUUCCAAGAGAACCUUUGAAAAGAACAGCAAACAACAACUGGGUCCAUGUUACCUGUGCAGUUUGGACACCAGAAGUCAAAUUUGGCCAAGGCAAGGCCUUAGAACGCUCUGAGGGGAUCCCUUCAAUUCCUUCCGCUAGGUAUGACGAGACUUUCCAUGUAGAGUGUUCCCAUCAGGCAGGGUAUGUCUUGGGCUUUGAUAUAUCACCUGUCAAAGGCUCUCGCAGAGAUCAUGUAAACAUUGUGAACAUCAAUGGCGAAUCGGGGACUGUACGCAAAGCGACGCUGGUCAAUCAAUCAACCAAGAUAUCUGCAGUUCCCAUUUCUUCCUCGACGGUAUCCAACCGCCGAGCUUCUACAACCGUUAUAAGCAGCAGCGGCAGAGGCUCUAUUUCGAAUAUUAAACCUGAAGACACGCAAACUACGAGCACUGCUGAGGCACUCGAGGCUCCCACGUACCUCAAAUCGCCCGCGAAAGUAUGUGAUACUUGUGGGGUUGAUGUGAGUCCAAAGUGGUGGCCAUAUCCAGCACUGCCCGUUACGAGGCCUGGGCCAUUGAAACAGCUUUAUGAACACCGCCCCUCCAAUAAUCAACUAGAUGAUAUUUCCAAGGACCUGGGCAACGCCAUUUUGGGAAGUAACCCUAAGCAGCAGGUUGCUUUGGCUGCGGCCGCAUUGUGCGAGAGGCCGCCCAACAAUGUUCCGGAGCUUUUCCAGUGCCACAAGUGUCAUUGGAAUAAAGUUCAGAAGCCCCAAACUUCGCCAGCCAUACCAGCUCCAAAGGUGGAUAACGAUGCACCCCAGCCACGCCUACCGCCUUCUAUACCUGUGUCUGCCUCGUCAACGCUAGCGAGCCCUCCUGUGCCACCAACCCAUAUGCACUCGGGAUCUCGCUAUCCGUGGGGCCAUUCGGCAUAUCCACCAACGAGCGGUUACGGGGACUGGUCCCGCGCAUCCCCGGCCUCUCAGAAUUCAAAUAUCGCCCUAAGGCAGUACAGUAACGGCUCUCACUCGCCGAGAGGGCCUCCGAUAAUCAGCCAGCACCUACCCGGUCAGACACAGGCACGUCAACCAGGCGCGAUAAUUCCACGAUCACCACAUGUAAACGGAUCAUUGCCUUUAGUAGCAAAUAGCAGCUAUCCCUCAUCGCCACAUAAAUCUGCCGCUGGUAUUCAUCCGAUACAGCAUGGCGUGUACGCGCCGUACGCACCGUCACCCCCGCAACACUUAACCAACGGAGGUCCUCCCCCACGAGCUUUGGAAAUUUCAUUCCCACAUGGAACUCACUCGCCGUAUCGUCAAGCGUUUGGCGGGCCCCAUGAGAGCCCGCAGGCACGUCGGGAUGGCCCUCAAAUCAGUCGUGAACCUAUAAAUCACAAUGGGAACAAUGCUCCUAGUCGUCGGGUGAACGGUGGCGCGAGUGCCAGUCCUUCACUCCAGAAUUUACUUUCUUGACGGUUGGCGGAUGAAAUGAUACUCAAGUUGGGGUAGGGGCGCAGUUGGGGGGGUUGUACUGAAAAGGGGUUAAAUAUAUGUCGUAUUUGAAGCAACGGUUAUCAUGAAGUUGGUGGUGUGUGUGUAUAUGGGUAACGCAAUAACUUGCCUGGGUUUUUUACUGAGCGAAGGCGUUUAGAGGGAGGAGAGGAAGUUGGAACGUCGGUCUUAGUAAUAAUCUAUGUAUACAUAGUGAUUCCAUCAUAAAUUAGUUAACAAACUUUUGUCUGCCG